AUGAACCCAGCAGACACGGAUCCCGUACAGCAGGCCCUCGCCGGUCAGGGCUGCCUACUGGGUGCCCACGACCAACUGCUCAGGGAGGACACGGAAAACCUUCGGAUGCUGUCCACGAAUGUGUGGAAGCUCAUGAUCUGUCGGGUUUUGGUGGAGAGCAUGGUCGACGCGCCGCUUUACAGCCCCAGUGAUCAGAGUUGCAUUUCUGCUCCUGCCUGUACGGAGUUGGUACGUUCUCCCUGUGAACCUGUGGGUUUCCUCCAGGCUCCGGAUUCCUCCCACGUUGCAAAACGAGACGGGGACUGGGCCUUUUCAGACGAGUUCUUCCCUAAAGUCAACAUCUGGCUAGUGUUGUUCUGGGUGCUGGCUGUCCUUGUGGUUCCAGCUGCUGUUUUUGAUGUAAUGAUGCACAGAAAGGAAGAUAAAAUGAUCAAAGAACUCCAGCUGCUUUGCACUUUGGAGGGUCACGAUGACGUGGACAUAGAUUACGUCUCUGUCACCCUGGAUGUAGAAACGGCAGUUCCGGAUCUCGAGGUGUCUGAGGAUCGGAAGAGUGUGAGACGGACCGGGACCCGGAGGAAUCUCCCUGACACCGGGAAGAGGUUCACAUACUGGCCUUGUGUGCUGGGAUCGGAGGGAUUCACAUCGGGGAGACAUUACUGGGAGGUGGAGGUAUUAAUGAAUGAGGACUGGAGAGUGGGAGUUGCUGAAGAAUCUGUGGUGAGAGACGGGUGGGUCUCAGUCUUACUCUCGAAUGGAUUCUGGACCAUUGGACGAGAUGGUGAUCUGCUUUAUGCUGUUAAUUGCCCUCCAUCCCAUCUCACUGCCAGUCCGAUCCCUGGUAGGAUUGGAAUUUAUCUUAAUUACGAGUCUGUUCAGUGUCAUUUCACAUUGUUGAAACCAAGUCCUAUCUUCACUCCUUCACUGGGAAUAAGUUCACAGGGGAACUUCAUCCUUUCUUCUGGACUGGGGAUGGAAACCAGUGGCUGAGAAUCUGCUCCAGUUCCACUCUGGAUUUACAUAAAGGCCAGG